AUGGUGAAUGCAGCAAGUGGUGGAGGGCUAGUGAAUAAGACUCCAGGAGAUGCAACUAGGUUGAUUGCAGAGCUAGCAGAAAAUUCUAGGCAAUUCAGUCAGAGAACUCCCACGCGCCGGGUGAAUGCAGCAAAUUCAAAUACAACUGAGUUAGAGAUGAGCAGACUUGAAGCUAAGGAUUCGGGAAAACUUCCAUCUCAAACGGAGUUGAAUCCUAAGCAACAAGCCAACGCUAUUACAUUGAGAAAUGGCAAAAAGUUGCAAGAAACUGUAGUUGCACCUAAGAAGGCUAAAGACUUGAUUGGAGUUGAGGAGGAGGAAGUAGAACAAGAAACUAAGGCGAAUCCUCCAACCUUUACCUCUUAUGAGCCUGUGCCACCUUUCCCAGAAGCCUUGCAAGAUACUCAAAGGUAUGAGAAAGACAAGGAUAUUUAUGAGACUUUCAGCAAAUGUGAGAAACUCCCAGAAAAAUGUGGUGAUCCUGGUAUGUUUACUAUUCCUGUUACAAUAGGAGACACCACAUUACACCGAGCCAUGUUGGACCUAGGUGCAUCAAUCAAUGUCAUUCCCUACUCCCUGUUUAAAUCUUUAGAACUUGGGCCUUUGCAUGAAACUGGGGUAGUAAUUCAGUUAGCUGAUAGGUCCAAUGUAUAUCCUAAGGGGGUAGUAGAAGAUGUACUUGUUAAGGUUGAUGGAUUGAUCUUUCCUGCUGACUUUUACGUCCUUGACAUGGAACAUGACAAACAAGCAGCCCCUAUCCUGUUAGGAAGACCUUUCUUAAAGACUGCUAAGACAAAAAUCGAUGUGUCUACCGGUUCUUUGACUAUGGAGGUUGAUGGGAAAGCAAUUGUGUAUAACAUUUAUGAUACCAUAAAGUAUCCCGUUGAUACUCAUUCUUUAUAUUCUAUAAAUGUUGUCGAUCCAAUAUUGCAUGAUGUUUCUAACAUUGAUCAUGGGGAUGAGCUCCUCACACCUAUUACUAAUGUUGUGUCUGGUGAUUGCUUGGAUUCUUCUAUACCUACUAAUGUGCAGGUGAAGGUGGCGGAAUUGAAUGAACAGUCCAAGCUUCCACCUAUACCACUAGGGGCAACACCCACCCCGUCAUCAUUUCCGGGCAAGAAAUUAUCCCAGGUAUACCACAAAGCAAAGAAUAAGGUGUGGCAUGACAAGAUGAGCUCCCGUUGGAAGGGUCCAAUUCAAGUUGACAAGGUCUAUCCGCAUGGAGCGGUAGAAAUUCGGAGUUUAGAGACCAACAACAUGUUCAAAGUGAAUGGAAAAAGGCUCAAACCCUACUUCGAGGGUUUCAAAACCGAGAACGUGGAGUGCAUCGAUCUCUACGAGCCAUCAAUGGAGUAG